AGUUUGUCUUUUUAAAUUUUUCUGGUUUUCAAGAAGCAAAACCAUCGUUUUGGAUCGUUAGUGGUUUCUAAUGAUAAAAAAAUGUCUAAUAUAGUAACAAGAUUUGUUCUUUACUUUUAAAAUUAUUUUAGAGAUUAUCCAUUUAUUUAGCACUAUUGUUUGAUUUGUUUCACAAUGGAUGCAUUUCAGCGAUUUUCGGAAUCGCCAGGGAGAGAUAAAUCGGACACCGAACGGCGGCUGGAGCAGCUGGUCUUCGGGAACUCAACAGACUUUGAGCAGAUUCUGGACAGGAAUUUGAAACAAUCGCUAGCGAUUACUGAGGAUUUGGUCCCGAAUGCCGAUCUGAGCGAAGAGUCAGGAGAACGGCUGGCCGUUUGGCAUGAUACAGAUGAUGAAGAUAACUUUGUGGAUGUUGCAAAGCAGCGGCGAUAUAAACGAUUCAAGACUGCGGAGGAAAAGCGAGUUAGCGCCGGCACACUCAGCCAAAGACUUCGUAAUGAGUACGAAAAGAACCUCCCGACACCUGCCUGGGCUGCCCAGCCCAAAAGCGGGCGCGAUAUCUCCGAAGAAGAUCCUACAACCUCGCUUUCCUCAGCUACGGGGAAUUAUAUCGAUAAGCGAUUUGAGAAACUCAAACUAAAGAAUUUCGUCUGUCAGCGUGUGACGAAUCUGAAUUUCGAGCAGCCGGCCAAAGGAAUUAUCCAUGCAGUUGAAUUUCAUCCUGCUGCGCAGAUUGGGCUGGUAGCAUCAUUCGGGCGUAGUGCCACUCUCUUCCAAGUAGAUGGCAAAGCGAAUUCCCAGUUGAAAAGCGUAUUUUUCGAAAGAUUUCCCAUAUCGUGCUGUCAUUUUUUGGAUGAAGGAAACCAGUUCUUGGUUUCUUCGAAGCUCCAUUCUCAUAUGUAUUACUUUGACCUUCCUUCGGAAAAAACGAUAAAAAUUCCUUGGAAUAAAGCUAUUCGGGAUGAAUCAUUCAAGUCUUUCGUCGUAUCUCCCGACGGGUCUUCCGUAGCAUUUCUCGGUAAAGAAGGAAAUAUCCACCUUAUUGAUGGUCGUAGCAAAGAAUGGAUCGGCACUUUGAAAAUGAACGGGAUGGUGAAUUCAUUGUCGUUUUCCGGCAACUCACAGCACCUUUUGAGCAUUGGAGACGCUGGCGAAGUAUACAUCUGGAAUGUGAAAAGCCGCAAAUGUGUGACGAAAUUUACCGACAACGGUUGCGUGGUGGGAACUGCUGUUGCGGUCUCCCCUAACGACCGUUUUGUCGCUGUCGGAUCCAACACCGGAGCCGUGAAUAUUUACGCCGAAAAUGAUUGUUUUUCCAAAGCCGCCCCCUUACCGGUGAAAACCGUGCUCAACUUGACUACUUCUGUAACAUCGCUGAAGUUCAAUUCCACAUCGGAACUGCUGUCCCUUUCCAGCAACUAUCUGCACGGUGCUUCCAAAUUGCUGCAUAUGGAGAAAAUGCAGAUGAUUCCGACCUUUCCCGAGCUUAACCAUAAAGUCCGCAAAGUGGAAUGUGUGGACUUUUCUGUCAAUAGCGGUUACUUUGCUCUUGGUAACAAUAUGGGGGAAGCGCUUUUGUACCGACUUCCGUUCUUUGAUACGUUUUAACGUGUUUUGUUGAUUGUGGAAAUAUGAGCAGCACUGAUUGCUGAAGUAAUAUGAGUGAAGAACAGGUUUGGUUGUAUAAGAAACUAUCAAGA